AUGAUCGGGAGUGAUUACACUCUCGAGUUAUGCAAUGUUUUUCACUCAGGACAAGUAGAACCGGGAAACUUCUUCCAGCGUCUCACGGGCGGUGUAAAGACUGGUAUCAUUCUGAAGGAUGUCUCAAUGCUAACACACAGCGGAGAGGUGACUGCAAUACUUGGUUCCAAAGGAAGCGGCAAGCGUGCUCUACUAGAUGUGAUCGCUCGUCGAGUACCAUGCAAAGGUCACAUUCUUCUAGAAGGUGUGCCUCUCGAAGAAGAACAGUUCAGGAACACGUGUGCUCUCGUUCGACAUUCUACACGGCUUUUGCCAGGGCUCAGCGUACAGCAGACAUUGGCAUUAUCACUCACUAAGAUCUCUGGGUACCUGAAGUCUUCAAAAGUAAAGCAAGUCAUGGCUGAUUUGGCUCUGUCACAGGUGGCCCACAAAUGUGUCACAAACCUUACGAAGAGCGAAUAUCGAAGAUUGGUGAUUGGAGUGCAACUAAUAAGAGAUCCAGUAAUUUUACUACUUGAUGAGCCGACUUGGGACUUAGAUCCUUUGAACACAUACCUGGUCAUCUCUAUUUUAUCGAAUGCAGCUAAAAAGUAUGGAACAGCGAUCAUACUCACAAUGGAAAAACCAAGAUCCGAUGUGUUCCCGUUCCUUGAUAGAGUCGUAUAUCUGUGCCUGGGUGACGUUGUGUUCGCCGGACCGACCAGGAACUUGUUGGAUUACUUCGGUAGCAUUGGCUUCCCCUGCCCGCAGUUGGAGAAUCCUUUGAUGUAUUAUUUAUGUCUAUCGACUGUAGACAGAAGAUCUAGAGAGCGUUUUAUAGAGUCAAAUCACCAGAUUGCUGCAUUGGUUGAAAAAUUCAAAUUGGAGGGACAGGGCAUCAUGCAGGGUAAUAUGACCGAGCACAGCCGCAUUAUCAACCCGAAUAAAAUACAAAUGAACUACGGAAAGCCGAGCGGAAUGAGAAUUAUAUGGAUGUUAUAUUUGAGAAUUCUAGUGUCUAUUUUUAAUCUGAAGAAAAAUGGACUAAAACAGAUGUCAAUGAGACUCUUUUCAUUGCCAAUAUAUUUUCUCAUCUUGUGGGUAUUCUACAAUGAAGCUCAGGACCUACAAAGAGCUUUUAUAACGAAAAGUGGAUUGAUUUUCAACGCAAUGGUCGGAACUUAUUUUAUCAGCAUAAUGAACACAAUCUGUCUGUAUGGUCCAUACAGAACUCGAUAUUACCAAGAGUCACAAGAAGGCCUCUAUAGUGGCGCUAGUCUGCUGCUUUCCUGGAAUCUGGUCUCUUUGCCAUUCUCUUUUAUCACCACUUUCAUUUCGGCUGCCAUAAUUUAUCCGAUCCUAGGCGACAUAUCCGAAACUCUGGACUACAUGUAUUUCGCGCUGGUGCUGUGGUCGUGCUAUAUUUUCGCGGAGCAGCAGGCUAUAGCCAUAAUGAUGUUCGUGAAGAAUGGCUUGAUAGCGGCCAUCGUCAACAUCUAUAUCACUUGCAUCUAUAUCAUGCUUGCCAGCGGAGUGCUCAGAUCGUACAAAGGUUUCGAAGAAUGGUUGUUCUAUCUAACGUACAUCACACACACACGUUACGCGUCAGUAUUUAUACACAGGAAUGUGUUCAAGCAGCCGACAUUCAACAUUCUUCCCUACAGCAGCAGCGAGAACUGCACGGCUAUAACAAGCCUCAUACAAACGUCCUCCAAUCUGAACGCAAACUCCAACACGAACUGUCGCUACGCAAGCGGCAAGGCAUUCCUCACGGAACGCUUCACGUCUAAGAAUUUUGGUGGUGACAUUUAUCAAGCCGGUGACUUCAACCCUGAGUUCAAUUUGGGAAUAUCUUUCGCGUUUUCACUGGGAAUAAUGAUCUUCAACAAAUUCCUGUAUUUGAUACCGCUGCCUAAUUAUAUUACAGAUAAGUUUAGAGA